CCCUAUAAACUGACUUUCAUAACUAACACACUAACUUUAUUUGCCUUGAAUUGUGUAUGCAGUUACCCAACACAUCAGAGGCUUCUACUUCUGCAAAUACUAGAAGUAAAACAAGAAGUUCAGUGGUUGGAAUGGGGCUUUAUGUCAAUCUUGACAGUGGAAAACAAGUACUAAAUCCCGGAGGGCAUUCAUCAAUGGUGAUAGAUGAAGGGACACCUAUGGAGGCAGACCCAAACACUAGGUUCCCUAUACCUAAUGAAGCAAAGCUGAGGUCAGAGAAGAGAAAGAGAGGACAAGGAACAUCAAGUGAAGGGUCAGUGAAAGGGAAAUCACAGCAAAUGAAAAAAUUCAAAGCACCAAGAGGAAAGUCAGAAACUGUGGAUAAAGAACCCAUCCUCAGAAGAAGUCCUAGAGGAAAAAAUGUAAUUUCAACUAUUGGAUCUACAACCACUAGUUGAGAUGACAUCUAGCAAUGGGUUUUGAGUGUUUUUGAUAAACAAGUUUUAAGUUUGGCAAGUAUUUUUGAUACAAUGGUUCUGUUUAGAAGUCAGGUUGGCUGUUGAUACAUUGGCUCAGU